AUGAUUAUACGGAAUAUUUUGCUCGCUACCUUAUUCAUCGCCAACUCGCUAUGCAAACCACAAGCUUACCUGGGGAGAUCUCUUCCACUGAAUGACAUGUCACUCAAAUCCAUCUAUCACCAUUUCCCAAACUACGGACCUACACCCAACCGCUUUCAGAUGAUGCAAGUGGACACACUUACCCAGCCAUAUUAUGUGCAAUCCGAGAUAGGCACUGCAUACAGACCUACUCCUGCCUACAUGGAGCAGCUGCUGGCCAUGCGAGAUACCAGUCGACUCUUUAGAGUAAAUCAAGCAUCAGCUGAACUCAUCCCAUCGCCCUAUUUGUUACCAGAUGUUACUGAUCAGGCAUCAGUGCUGUCAUUAGCAGAGAUGAGCUUCAAUGCCUACACAGAGCUCGGCAAGGAUGGGCAAUGGUAUGAUUUGGGGUCGAAAUGGCGAAUCAAUUCGACAUUUGGUUGGGAAUCAGAUGGUAUGCGAGGUCAUGUAUUCGGGAAUACAGAUAAUUCACACCUGAUUAUCAGUUUUAAAGGUACCAGUGCUGGAUUAUUCAACGGCGAACCUACUGGAGAGAAAGAUAAGCUGAAUGAUAAUCUGCUGUUUUCUUGCUGCUGUGGCAAAGUGAACCGAGGAUGGACCGCUGUCUGCGACUGCAAUGAUAGCAAAAAUCAGUACCAAUGCGAUCAGCAAUGUUUGGACAAGACUAUUACUAAAGCAGAGCUUUAUUUUGAUUAUGCAGCACACAUGUACAUGGAUGUAGCAGACAAGUAUCCAGGAGCAACCAUAUGGCUUACUGGCCAUUCUUUGGGAGGCGCUAUUGCAGCACUAUUAGGUCAAACAUUUGGUGUUCCAGCCGUCAGUUUCGAAAGUCCAGGAGAUCGGUUGGCUUCAGAAAGACUGCAUUUGCCUCGUGCACCUGGUGCAAAGAAUAUGCCCAUUUGGCAUUUUGGACACACUGCAGAUCCCAUCUUUAUUGGUGUUUGUACUGGGCCUACCAGCGGUUGCUUUUAUGGUGGAUUUGCCAUGGAAGCCAGAUGUCAUACAGGCAAGGUGUGUGUCUGGGACACUGUCAAGGACAAUGGCUGGCGAGUGAAUGUGGCUACACAUCGCAUUGCUACUGUGAUUGAAGACAUUUUAAAGAAACCAGACAAGUUUCCUUUGCCAAAGUGUAGGGUGGAGGAAAAUUGUCAAGAUUGUGGACUAUGGAAGUUCACAGAUGGUCGAGAUGGAUUGACAGCAGCUGGUUCAGCUGGUUGUAUGUAA